UAGAUUGAGUGGAAGUCGGUGGAGCCACAUAAUAAAUCACGGACUUCUCUGCUUAUCUGAGGACUGUUUCUUGACGUCCAGCUUUAGCGUUUUCAUUUUUUAUUUUUAAAUGUCGCUGCACAUCAAAACCGUGCAGCCACAGGUUGACCGUUUUAAUCCAGUCACUAUGGAUUAUUCCUCUUCAUCUCGAGUCGAUUGUCACUGACGGGAUCGAAAUGGGCACCGUCGAGAGAUCACUGGUGAUUGAGAAAGAAAGAAACUGAUCGUAUCAAGUGGAGCUGAGACGGAGGCAACAUCUGUGGGGAGCGACGCACAAUUUCGAGAGACAAGCGAGGGGGGACCUGUGGAGGGACCUAUAUGAGAGGAGGCGAAGCGAAAAGAUGAUGGGAUGGCCGUGACAACAUGAAAAAGAAAAAGUGUGGUGGUCUAUUUUCAUCCAGCCAGUGAUUCAACACAACUAACCUGGGGGACAGGGACUGAGAGAGAAGAGGUAGGAGACAGGUGCGUGGCCACAGCCGUGACCAUGGAGCCUCCCCCCUCUCUGAGCUUGGCUCUGCUAGGAGGGAGCGAGGAUGAGGACCAGCGCUUCCUCCUUCCCCUGGGCAGUAUAUCCCAUCCCUCCACGACUGGCAACCAGCCAGGAUCAAACCACUCCAACCACAUGGGAGGAUCAAGCCUCGACCGUCUAAAUGGCAGCACCCCGUCCCCAUCCCCUGCCACGCCCAACUUGCCUCCAGCAUCGCUCCCCAAGUUGCCCCUGUCAUCCUCUGGAGCUCAGCCUCUGCCCCCACCAAUCCCCAACGCCCUGCACCCCACCAGCACCCCGCUGUCCUCCUGCCUGGGUUCGCAGCACAGCCUGAGCGGGGACAACUCCCCGGUCUACAACGCCCUCUUUUACUCCUCCCAUUCGCCCUCCAUGGAGCGGGAGAGGGACAGAGAGCGUGACAGGGACAGGGACAGAGAGAGGGGCUGCAAACACAGACAGGCCAGCCCUCUGGUUCACCGGCGGGACAGUAACCCCUUCACGGAGAUCGCCAUGAGCUCCUGUAAGUACACAGGCGGGGUCAUGAAGCCCUUGAGCCGCCUCAGCGCCUCCCGCAGAAACCUCAUCGAAUCAGACAGCAGCAGCGAAACCAAAGAGGGUGGCGUUUCAGCUGUUGCAGGGGCAACAGCCGCUGGGGGGCACGACCGCCAACGAGAAGCCCCUCCUACCUCCUCUGUGCCCCAGUCAUCCACCAACCAACCGCCAAUUCAGAGCCCUCCAGAGAUUGUGAUUUCAUCCAAAGAAGACUCGCCGUACCCCAGAGCAGGGUAUGACAUCACUGACUCCUCUUCCAACCAGAUGUCCAUCUACGACCAGAACCACGCGCUGGUGGAGAGCAGGCGGGCGCAGCCGGGGAGGGGCAGCAGGCAGGGAGGGGUCGGGGCGGUGGGCGCCGGGGCCAGGGGCAGCACCUCCAAGGCCUCCAAACGGAAGAACCAAAACAUUGGCUAUAAACUGGGGCACCGCAGGGCGCUGUUCGAGAAGAGGAAGAGGCUGAGUGACUAUGCCCUUAUCUUCGGGAUGUUUGGCAUCGUCGUCAUGGUCAUUGAGACGGAGCUGUCGUGGGGCGUGUACACCAAGAGCUCCAUGUAUUCUCUGGCCCUGAAGUGUCUGAUCAGCCUGUCCACAGUCAUCCUUCUGGGCCUCAUCAUAGCCUACCAUGCACGGGAAGUUCAGCUGUUUGUCAUCGACAACGGAGCUGACGACUGGCGCAUAGCCAUGACGAUGGAGAGGGUUCUGCUGAUCGCUCUGGAGCUGCUGGUGUCUGCGGUGCAUCCAGUGCCGGGGGACAUUAAGUUUCAGUGGCGGGCGCGGCUGGCCUUCUCGUACGCGCCCUCCCAGGCCGAGGCUGACCUGGACAUGGUGCUGAGCGUGCCCAUGUUCCUGCGCCUCUACCUCAUCGCCAGAGUCAUGCUUCUGCACAGCAAACUCUUCACCGACGCCUCCUCCAGGAGUAUAGGUGCCCUAAAUAAGGUGCAUUUUAACACACGGUUUGUAAUGAAAACCCUCAUGACUAUCUGCCCCGGGACGGUGCUGCUGGUCUUCAGCAUCUCUCUGUGGAUCAUUGCUGCCUGGACCGUACGAGUGUGCGAGAGGUAUCAUGAUGCUCAGGAUGUGACCAGUAACUUCCUGGGAGCCAUGUGGCUUAUCUCCAUCACUUUCUUGUCCAUCGGCUAUGGAGACAUGGUGCCUCACACCUACUGUGGCAAAGGAGUCUGUCUGCUCACAGGGAUCAUGGGUGCGGGCUGUACGGCUCUGGUGGUUGCCGUGGUAGCCAGGAAGCUGGAGCUGACCAAGGCCGAGAAACACGUACACAACUUCAUGAUGGACACGCAACUCACCAAGAGGAUAAAGAACGCAGCGGCUAACGUGCUGAGGGAAACCUGGCUCAUCUAUAAACACACCAAGCUGAUGAAGAAGAUCGACCACUCGAGAGUCCGCAAACACCAGCGGAAGUUCCUCCAGGCUAUACAUCAAUUGCGCAGUGUGAAAAUGGAGCAGAGGAAACUCAGUGAUCAGGCCAACACACUAGUGGACCUCUCAAAGAUGCAGAGUGUCAUGUAUGAGCUCAUGUCGGAGCUCAACGACCGCAGCGAGGACUUGGAGCGCCAGAUGCUGUCCCUGGAGCAGCGGGUGGAGCAGCUCACCGCCGGCUUCAACACCCUGCCGGCCCACCUCUCAGCCACCCUCAGCGCCCAGCACGCCGCCCUGGUCCACCUGCUUCGAGAGAGGGAUGGGAGGGAUGGUAGAGGAUGUGGUGUAGGAGGAGGUGCUGUGGUCCCACUGUCCCCAGCCACGUCUUUAACCAGUGCUCCAGCUUCCGUUUCUCCAGUCCAGAUCGCAUCUUCAGUGCCGCCCCCAUCCCAGGUCCCUACUCUGGCCUUGGAGUCCCCUCUGUCACCCUCACCUCUGAGCCCAGAGGGGAGCCUGGAGGCUAGUCCCAACCCCAACACCUGCACUUCUAGCUGCUGAAGACAGCUCUGAGGACCAGGAGAGGACAAAUAUGGACCAGGAGGGAGGCUGUGCUACUCCUCUCACUUCAGACUAAAGGAGAGAAGGGAGAAGGGAGAGAAAUGUGAGGUGAUCCUCUGAAACUAACGCUCCAUGAGGGAGGGAUGAAGACGGGACUAUGAGGAGAAAUAAUGGGAUUAAGAUGGAGGGCCAGUAUGAAUGAUGAGACAUGUUAGGGGCUUGGGGGCGCUUGCCUUGACGAGGGAAGGAGAAGAAAAAUGGAGAUAAAAUGGAGACUCUUAAAAGGUGUGAGGGGGAGGAAGAAUGUCAAGAGGGUGAGAAAUGGAGGUAGAGAGGAUGAGUAGGGGGAAGGAGAGAGGAGGAGAAAUAACGAGGAAUAAUUAUAUGAACUCAGAGCUCCUAAAUGAAAUCUACUCCAAUUACUGAAAAGGGCCUUUUAUUCUCUCUCUCUCUCUCUCUCUCUUUCUGUCUCUAUCUCUCUCUUUCUCUCUCUUUCCUCCCCCCUCUCUCAAUCUCUCUCUCCCUUCAUCAGGAAUUAAUGACCAUGACUUUUUAUCCUUAUGAUGUAUUUUCUAUCUGAAUGCUAAUUGUGUGUUAACGAGCAUCCCUUUAACAGAAGGUUGGAUCAAUACGACCAUGAUAUAUAUUUAAAAAAAAAAAAACUAGUGGCAUGUACUGCACACACACACACACACACACACACACACACAAACAAACACAAGUUAUAUCGACGCAUCAUCCACGCAAUACAAGUUAACACAGCACAAACAUGAAUACACAAAUCUUUCACAAUGCAGGCCCUAUUUACACUCACACAAAGAAGUUGUGUGCUGUAGCCCACACGAUAAUACUAAAGCCUAUACUGCCAAGCACUCAAUGCACUGUCAAUCUGCACAGAGCACUGCCAAGCAAUGUCACUGUAAAAAAAUGUUCAUCCAAACGACUUAUCUGUUGUGGGUGUGAGCUAAUGCAGUAGUUUAGACUUACAAUGCAUAGUUGUGACAUUUUAACCACUCAAUCAGGAGAAUUGUAACCGUUCAGUGAACUACACACAUUACAGAUGAAGUUGAAAUAAGUUGGUAUGACACUGAUGGGCAUGAGUCAUCGUAACGUCUGUUUGUGACGUGGAAGACAGUCGCAGACGAUUAAAUGACCCAACACAACUACAAAAUGACUUUAUUACUGCAUUUAUUGAAUUAAGGAUUAAGUUCAACUGAUGUUUACGUGUACUUUGUAGGUAAGAGUUUGAUUUUGUUUAAUUUUCUGUGAACAUUUCUCAUGAAAACCUCAGUAGAUUGACAAGUUAUCAAGUGCUUUAAUACUGGGAUGGUUGUGGGAGAAAGAAUAGAUUAUUACACCAUAGUUUAUUAAACUGUCAUUUUAAUCUGGUGGAUUCAUUUUAAAGAACUUCUUCAAGAGAGAGCUUUGCACACACGUAUUGCUCCACAUUUGUUGGUUGUUCUGCAGACAGUUAAAAUAACAAUCAAAGCAUUAUCUAUCAAUAAUAAAUGAUCUGCUUAUUCUUUUACUUGUCUGAAGUCAGUGGGAUCUGAUUGACUGGGAUGCCGUAGUGUCUAUUGUUUUGCUUUCAUUCUCUGAAAAAUAUGUAUUCUUAGAAUUGCUAAAAUAUUGAUUUUUACAUUAGUAAUUCAAUUGACUUUUUAAAAAUCCAACAAUUGUUUAGCAGUGUGAUUAUAAGUUGAUGUGGUUAAUAUUUUUUCACGGUGUACGGUUGUGUGUGCGUCCCUUUAAGAAGGGAAGAAGACCUUACUUACUGCCAUUCUUUUUCAAGCUUGCAGUCCCAAAACAACGCACUGUUAUCAUGAAUGUAUUCUGUGUAAAGAAAUACACUCAAACACUCUUGCUUGCUCGAUCACUUAAACUGCCAUGUAGACACAAGAACAGACACCCACACACACGCAGCACACACAGAUAUACACACACCUUGACAACCAAAGUGCUCUCUCUUAAAUGGACUUCAAUAAGAGGCAGGGAACGCUGCUGUCACUGGGGACAAAAGAUAGCAGGAGGCGUUGCAGAUAUCUUGACAAUAUUUCUGAGGGAAUAACUGUGAAAAUCUGGGCAUGGACUUGUUACAGUGCUGUACAUGGACUGCUCUUCACUGCUUUGUAACAGAUCAAGGUGGACUAUGGAUGAACACAAGGGAACACAAAUAAACCUUAUAAAGGAGAAAUGGCCAUGAAGGAACAGCUGUUUGUGAAAUAAAUAAAUCAUAGAAAGAGAUUCAAAGGUAUAUCUGAGGGGAAUUAUAAUGGUGUGAUGGGAAAAGAGACAAACCUACCCUUGCAUUGGAGACAAUAUCGAAAACUGUCUUAUAGCGACACGCUGUGGCCGGAAUACUGAAUUACAUACGCUUGGAAUAUUGUAUAGUAUGCUGUUAACGAAAUCUAGCUUUGUAUUGCUUAGUCUUUUCUACCAUUAUGAUUAAACGCAGUUAUAGCUGAUAUCUAAUAUUACUAAACUAUAGUAUUCUUCUCAUUCGUCAUGACAAUUAUGAUAUAUGUAUUAACAAUACGUUAAAUAAUUAUGAACAAGGAAAGUGCCGUUUGAGGUUGAAAUUAUUUUGUAAUUUUAUUUUAUCAGAGAGAAUUAAUAAAGUAUAUAUCUCUAACAUCACAGCUUCCAUGUUUUCUGUGUCGCUGUUUUUAUUUUAUUUGUCGGUGCAAUGCUUUAGAAAAGUAUAACACUGUUUAUUGAACUAAUUCACGCAGUACAUGAGGAUAAUAGUACACACGGAAUAACUUCCAUUUGGACAUUACGUCCCGUAACAAACUAAUUUUACAGUUGCCACAAGUUAUUUACUCAUUUUGUCUGUCAAUCAUGGGCAUGUUUUCUCAUAUAUCUCGCUGUAAAAACACAUUAUUAAAAACACUAUUUUUCUCCGUGAUCUUGACCAAAUCAUUUCUGGAGCACAAUAAGUUAAAUGUUUUCUGUUUUUGGACUAAAUUGAUAAAAGAAAAGAAAAAGAAAACACCGAUGAGACGAAUAUUUACGUUUAUCAGUUUCCAUUCACCUCUGACGUCACAAGUGUCGCGACUUGGUAACGGUUGCUAAGCUAAAUUAGCUCUAAGCUAAAUAAAUGUGGCUAAUUUAUCAAAGAGUCAGUUGUGUUUUUUAAACAAGAUUUGAGUGAGUUAAUAUUUCUCAUCUUAAGUCGUAAAACUAUUAGACGUUGGAGCUAGCUAGGCUAUAAAUUAGUUAACUGUUUAUACUUAGUAUAAUGUGGGAAAUGUGACAACAAAACAAUUAGCUGGAAAACUACAUAAAGUAGUUUAACGCUAACGUAAUUGCCUAAUUAUGAUAUUGUUAAGGCAGGGUACACCGUUAUAGACGAAACACUUGGCGAAUUCCAGUUAAUCGCAAUACCUUUCUUUGAGCUGAUAUGAGUUUCAAAAUGCAUGCCAGAAUUGCUGCUGAGGAGACAAGGGCUGUCAAAAACGGUAAAACCCUUCUGAUGACCCCACCAGUCACAGCUCAGCAGGAAGUGGAGAUCUAUGAACCCCUGUCCCUGAUGCCUUACAUCCUGGUGUUUCCCUGGCAACCAGAGGAACAGAUUUACCACAUACAGGUGGAAACGGGGAAUCUGCAUCGCGAGUUGGUUGGAGAGUGACAGUGAUGUUGCCGUGGUGAUGAUGAAAGGGGAAAUAAUAUCGGGAAAGAAGCUGGGCCAGACUGCGAUUCACAUAGCGGAUACACUUAACCCUCAACACACCACCACAGGAGAGAGAUGCCAUCUGCCCUGUGCACCACGCUCUGUGCAAGUGUGUGACAGAACAUGGCUUGUCAUCGUGGACCCCCGGGGGAUUCUGACAAGUGGCCCAGACUCUGGCUCUGCCCUGCUAGAGGUCAUUGCCAUGGAGAUGUGGGGUCAGCCAGACCCUGCUCAUCAGUGUUCAGUGGACCCCUCCGUUCUUCCGAUCCUUUCACCUUUGAGGAUUGACUCUGUCACCAAACAGCCUUGCACUACUCCAUUCCGGAGGAAUUCAACACCAAGGAAGGAAAGUAACAGAAUAUGGCUGCACUCUGAGACGCUGCAAUGUCUGAACAAAUGUCGAGUGUCUGUUUUCCAGCUACUCUCUGCUGAGCCUUUUAUUUCUCUCUGCGGGCCUAUUUGCGGGGUCAGUCCCCCCUCUGUCACAGCUGUUCCACGUGUCCCCAAGAUGCUGCCCUGCCUGCCAGCGUCCCUCUAUUCCGUGUCGGCCCCCAGCCCAGGGUUGAGCUCACUGCGGUAGAUACCAAGGACUUGCCCUCAUCCUUCAAG